AUUAGCUCGUGCUGUUCGGUAGUGUUUGAGAAGAUGUCUCUGCUAAAGACACUUUUUCCACUUGUAAUAUCAAUUACCUUCGUAUGGUGCGCCCAAGUUAGGUUUGAUAACUACAGAGUCUACGAAAUAUUUAUCAACAACCAAGUUCAACUUGAUGCCUUACAAUACCUGGAGCAGUUUUCCGAUGCGUACUCAUUCUGGGAAUCACCUAUUCGCACAGGAAAGAAGAUAGAUGUGAUGGUCCCUCCCCAUAAAUUCUCCGACUUUGAUGAGUUAGCUUCUCGGCUGGAAAUGCGUGUUAGAAUGAAAAUCGAGAAUGUUCAGCGAUUGAUAGACAGCCAGCAACCGAAACGAACGAGACGUGAUGGUUUUGGAUGGACUGAAUACCACACAUUGGACGAAAUGUAUGACUGGAUGGAUGGCUUAGCUUCCGAAUACCAGGGCAUUGUUACUGUGGAGCUUGUGGGUCACUCCUAUGAAGGCCGUGAAGUGAGAGCUAUCAAACUUUCACAUAAAGAGGGCAACCCAGGAAUCUUCCUAGAGUCCCACAUUCAUGCCCGUGAGUGGAUCACAUCGGCCACUGCUACAUGGAUAUUGAAUGAGCUUCUGAGCUCAUCUGAUGAACAGGUUCAGGAAUUGGCUAGAAACUACGAUUGGUACAUUUUACCGGUUGUUAAUCCUGAUGGGUUAAAUUACACACAGGAAGUCAAUCGAAUGUGGCGAAAAACACGUUAUCCUCACAGUAUACUGUGCAGUGGAGUUGAUAUGAAUCGAAACUUCCCGUAUCAUUGGAUGGAUGGGGGGUCAUCAGCGAAUCCUUGCUCGGAUACAUAUGCUGGGCCCAAACCUGCUUCCGAAGUAGAAUCGCAAAAUAUCAUCGAUUAUUUCGUUAUAAACAAAGACCGGAUUCAUUUCUAUUUGUCUUUCCACUCAUACGGCCAGCUAAUACUGCUCCCAUUCGGUUACCAGGACGCACCGAAAACAGCCAACUUCUAUGAUUGGAUGGAAAUGGCAGAGGCUGCAGCUAUUGCUUUAGCGAAACGCUAUGGCACCUCGUAUACAGUCGGAAAUACCGCUGAAGUCUUAUAUAUUGCAUCCGGAUCAACACGGGACUGGGCUCUUGGAGAAUAUAACGUCUCGAUAGCGGCAUCAUACGAGUUUCGUGAUACGGGAGACUAUGGAUUCUUGUUACCUGAGGAGCAAAUAAUUCCAAAUUCCGAGGAAGUACUGGAUUCAUUGGUGGCAUUCCUAGCGAAGGCUCGUGAGCUGGAAUAUUUCGAAGUUGUAUAAACCAAAUGUGUACUGAGAAGUAGUUUUUAACGCUAAUCUUCGCAAAUUUGAAUAAAACUUUACUCAUACAUUGAUUACAA